UGUUUUGGCUUGUGUAAUGCACAGUUAAACAUAUACAGGCUAUAUCAAGGUAUCCCGCAUUUAUCAUUCCGCUUUAUUAUUAUGCCUACCGGGAUUGACUUUUUGACCAGUUCAUCGAUUAUCCAACAGACUUUAUUAAAUGCAUCCAUGCUCCAUCCACGUGCAGCCUACAGCUCACUACCGUGAGAGAAUAAAUGCGGAGAGACUAGUAUACAAUAGGCUAUAUUUACUAGAUAUAAACGAGAGAAGCGCAUAUCCAUGGUGCUCCUAAACAACAAAGAGCUGCCGGAGCCGUUUGUCUAAUUUCGUCUGGAAUUCCGGCGCUUCAUUAAAGAUUCAUGCGACCUGAUUUUUAAGAGGGUAGUUGUCCUCGCUGUGGGGGCACCGCACACUAUCUGGAGCGCUCGCGAUGGCACUUCAUGCUCGUGUCGCCGGUGACAAAUCUGCAGACAAGACGGCGAUCUUUGAAAUCUUCUGAUUUCCUAUCCUUUGGUCGAAAAUACAUCUGCAAACGAUCACUGUUGGACCGCUGUCAAAGCUGUCAUCUGUUGCUGCUUGCAGCAUGUUUGAAGGGGAAAUGCUUAAUGCUUCAAAAAGACAUACUGAUGCGCGCCACGCCGGGAUAUGGAAUCACUUGGUAGGACAGAUGCUGAUGAUGGAGCGCGGUGACGAACGGCGGGAGGAGCAGGUUGAAAUCGAUCCGGAUUACGCACCCCAGUGCCGGCCACGCUCCUGUACUUGGCCGCUGCCAUGCCCAGAAGAUUUUAUGGGAGUCGAGGACGGGUACCCUGGUCUCCACUUGUGCUCCAUAAAGGAGGAGUCGGACUAUGUUCCCGCGUGCAGAGUCGAAUGGAGCGGCGGCGUGCCGGCUGAGUCCAAGCAUUCAGCAGUCGCCCUGGCUCCCAGUCCGACGACUCUCUCAAACCUACCCAGGGCCACGGUGAUCGACGUGCAGCUGCGCAAAGCCAAGUCCUCGCGACGGAACGCGUGGGGAAACCAGUCUUACGCGGAUCUUAUCACGCGUGCCAUUGAAAGCGCGCCUGACAGAAGACUCACGCUGUCACAGAUCUACGACUGGAUGGUCCGGUGUGUACCUUAUUUCAAGGAUAAAGGGGACAGCAACAGUUCAGCGGGGUGGAAGAACUCCAUCCGGCACAACCUGUCCCUGCACUCGCGGUUCGUGCGGGUGCAGAACGAGGGCGCGGGAAAGAGCUCCUGGUGGAUGCUCAACCCGGGGGGCGGGAGGACGGGCAAGGCCCUCCGGAGGCGGGCCGUCUCCACGGACGACGGCGCCGGGUGGUGGAGGGGCAAGGGGCGGGGCGGCGGGAAGAGGGCGGGGGGAGGGGCGGGGCCGCAGCCCUCCCCCGAGCGCAGCAGCCCCGGGUCGCGGGGGGGCGGGGUUGGGUGUGGAGGGGGGGCGGGGUUUGACUCCUGGGGCGACGCCCGCUCCCACGACGGCUCCUCGGACUCUGCUCUUGGCGUUCGCCUUUCGCCCAUAACGGCCAAGGAGGAGGAGGAGGAGGAGGAGGAGGAGGAGGAGGCCGAGGGAGAGGGGCUGUCCCGCCCAGCCUCCCCCCCUGCAAACCCCCCUGCUCUGGAGCUGCCCCACCUGGCUGACCUCACUGGAACCGUCAGCCUGGUCGAGGGCUACCCCCAGCUCCCCCUGCCCCCCCAGCAGCUCCCUCAUCACCGGGUCUCCCACUUGUCCUUCAGUCCUGCCUCUGAGAGGCUGCUCUCCCACUGCAGCUCGGUCUACGGCCGGCCCGGCGAGGCCUCGCACCGGCAGCCGCCGCCCCGCCCCCUCCAGACCGUCCUGCCGAGCCCCGACCUCGCCCGCGGCCCCGCGCCGGGAUACUCGGGGGCCGCCGCUCUGCAGACCCUGCUCGCCGGGGGCCCGCCGGACUUCGCCAAAAACCUUCGGCUGGGACGGGACGGGCCCGUUCACUCCCUGGGCACCCUGUCCCAUCCUGGGAUGGGCGCCCACAGUGAAGACCUCGGGGACAACCCCAACCAUUGCGGCGGUCACGACCUUGGCCGUAGCCAUAACCACAACCACAGUCUUGAUCUCGGCUAUAGUCGCGUUCCUGAUCGCGGUCGGAACGGCAGUCACCACGACAACCGCGACCUGAGUCACAAUAACCAUGACCGUGACCUCAGUCAUGACCGUGGUCACCACCGGCAACUGGCUCUCUCUCCUAGGCUUACCUCCGGGCUUCUGCAGUCCUACUGCAGCCUAAAAGCCCACGCUCCCUACAGCUCCCCCUCGAAAGCCCACGCCCUGCCCCCCGCCUCUCCCGCCCAGUCACCCGGCCAUCUUUACCAACCCUAUAACGUCCACCGCCAGCAGCAAGACCACUAUUUCCACGCCCAAGGUUACUACGGCUACCACGCCUAUCACUACCCGAGCCAUCCUUACAAGGAGCUGACCGCCGACUCCAGCCUCGAGUUCCUGCACGGCACCUUGGACCGCGGAGUCGAGCCGUUCUUCCUGAAUGACGCCGUGAGCUCGCAGGACGCGGGCGUCGUCGUUCACCCCUCCCUGCCCCAAGGGCGCGGCCUGGGCCUGGGCCUCGGGGGCCUCACUGGCCCUUACCACGCCGGCGCCCAGGACUGGGUGCCAGGCUGAGACGAGCGGCGAGGUCAGAGAGAUCUUCAGCUGCCGGGCUGGGCCGCUCACUCUAGGCGGGGUCCCCGGUUUGUGGUCUGGGUGUGCCUGAAGCUUAACUGUGAUUGGCUGGUAUAGACAUACGCAAGCAUCUGCCAGUCUCAGGCAGACCUGGGUCAAAUACGUAUUCGAUUUGGAUUCAAAUACUGUUCUACGCUUCACUGAUCUUGUCUGGUGUUUUUGAACCAAUCAAAAAGACCAGAGUGGUUUUUGAACCACUGACAAAAAGUCCAAACCCCGCCUUCUGGUCAUAUUGGCAGGCUCAAUUACACCAGGCAAGAUCAAUAGAGCACAGAAAAGUAUUUGAAUUCAAAACAAAUACGUAUUUGACUCAGGUCUGGUCUCAGGAUACCUUUCUUUCUUGCCCUCUGUUGGAACAGACAGUUUACUCAAUUCUGUGUGCCCUCCAUAGUCUAAAUCAUAUUUCAGUUCUGACCUCCCUAGCUUGUUAUGUUAGCAUAUUCACACCAAGGCAGUCAUUAAAAUUUGGGCGGAUUUAUGAGUAACAAUAUGACAGUAAGAUAAAUCCUGUUUUUCUCAUAAUGAUACAUGGGACCCAGAAGAUGUACAUAUUCAUAAAUACACGUUCAUGAAAUGCCUCUAUAGCUAAAAUAAUGGGGUAGUCAAUGAGCAAAUUUAAAUAAGCUUCAAGCACAUGGAGUAAUUUCAUUCAAAGUUUUAUGCCAUCCAGCUAUUUGGCUUCCUAUGAUUUAGCUAGCUUGCUAGCAAGUAAGCUGUCCUGAUACAUUCCUCAAGUUUUUAACAGACCUGGGUCAAAUACGUAUUUGUUUUGGAUUUAAAUGCUUUUCUGUGCUCUAUUGAUCUUGGCUGGUGUAAUUGAGCCUGCCAAUAUAUCCAGUAGGCGGGGUUUGCACUUUUUAAAAAGUAUUUCAGUGGUUCCAGUACACCAGACAAGAUCAGUAAAGCGAAGAAAAGUAUUUGAAUCCAGAAAAAAUACGCAUUUGACCCAGGUCUAGUUUUUAAAAGUUAAUUCUUUACUCCCAUAUGGUUAUGUUCCUUCACAAUACUGAAAAAGGUAUCUCUUAUGGGCAAACCCUGUGGUUGACUAAUUUACACUGUGUGGUGUGAUGAAAUGCAUUUGAAUUGAAGAGGGUAGUCUACAAGCACAGACUGAAGGAUCUUGAAAGAUUCUGAAAGACAGCCACCCCUCCCCCCCCCAACAUGAUCAUUAAUCCAUUAAAACACCAUAGAAGACCUUAAUUCAUAAGACCUUAAAGGCUUAAUUCACCCCAUUGCUCCAGUUCUCUCCACAUCCCUUCCUAGUACCAGGUAAUUUACUGAACAGAACUAGCAGAAGUCCUCUGUAUGGUCUCAGUACAAAGUCAGCUCAGUCAGCUAAUCUGAACCUCAGGUGAACAUCUGAUUCAGAAAAUCAGACAAUCAGAAUUCCAGUGGGCCGGCCAAUCAAAGGCCCAGCCUCCUCUCCUCUGAUCCACAGGCCUUCAUCUGAUUGGUUCUCAGUUCCUUCUCACCGUUCUUAAAGCGACGUGAACAUUGCUGAGACGGAAGGUGGUAUUCGUGAGUAUCCCUUUCCAGGAAAAGCCCUCCUUUCUCGACCUACGAGGCACACGUGGUGACCCUGCGCUCACCGCUAGGUGAUCUGGCAGGGGGCGGGUGGACUGUCCUGCUGAACGAUCCACGCUGAAGGAAGGAGAGCACCGCUCCAGCUGUUUCUGCUUGCACUGGAUGUAAUGAAGUCAGCAACACUGUGAUUGGAUAAAAACAGAUGUUGGUUGUCGGAGGCUGAUGACGUAAUGAAGUCAGCAGCAUUGUGAUUGGAUAAAACAGAUGUUGGGUGUCGGAAGGUUGAUUCGGUUUCCCGGGAGACGGUGAACUGGCUGAGCGUUUUUUUUCGCACAGCCGUGCGUGGGCCCUCGUCCUCGCUCGGACUGGCAGGUUCUCUCGAAACCCCGGGCCUUGCAUCCGGGCAGCGCUGCAGAGGGCGGCGCGUGGCCGCAGAACGCGCUGGGCGCUCAGACGGAAAGCUUUAUGCGUGUGUAUCCAGUUUAUAUUUCAGGAUGCCAAAGGUGGGAAUUUAGCAUCUUGAGUGAGGGUUAGCCUUUUGUUCCAGGGCUAUGCCAUCCUUGUUAUAAAUGCACAGCCUUCUUAUAUUUUAAUUUGUAAAAUUUAUUUUGUAUAAAAUGUCUAUUGACAAUAUUUAAUGGUUUUCACAGACAUCAAGUCCUUUUUCAAAGAAUGUGUGUCUUAUCUUCUUGUGAAUUAAGUCCAAGUGAAAGUAAAUGUUUUUUUUUCCAAAAACAAA